AUGUGGUCAGUACAGAUGUGGAUUGAUAGUGUGAGAGAAUAUCACGGGUUCAUGAAAGCCCUUGCAGCCGAUGACUUACCAGGUCCAAUGAAACCGGGCGUGCCGCGCAUCCCAUGGGAUACUUUGGAAUAUGUCCCUAUACUCACCACAUUGGAUUUCCAAACUCGUUUGCGACGACUGAACACGGAAAAGUUAGAUGAGCUGAACCGAGUUGAGAUAACGGCCGCCAGAGGUGAAGAUAUACUUCGGGGAGAUCGCCAACUUGAUGCUUAUCACAGAAAUGAGAGUUUUAUCGACAGGACACUAUCAUUCAUCUUCGAACUAAUAACUCUCGACGCUGGGCUCUCCAGGGAUCGGGUGCUUGAUAUCGGGAGGAUGUUCCACUCUAUUCUCAUGAUGCCCUGGUACAACCAAUUCGGGCACCUCAGACAGCUAUCAGACGACACUGCUAGAGAGACCGAUGACAUGAACUCUCGAUUUCGGUUGACUUUACUUGUUAUGGACGACUAUAUAAACGCUGGCCCCUUCCGCCCCGAUAUUCAGAGGGACGCUUGGGUGCGAGAUUUUUGGGGAUCAACGUGCUAUCAAGAGCUACUGCUCGACGGAAAUAUAAGAAACCCUACAAUCAACAAUGUUGAGAGGUCAGCCUUUAACCGCUGGCAAACAUUCUACAAGGAUUGGCUCAGGAUACUCCUUGGUGUCGAGCUGACUGGUGUGCGUUUGACUCAGCAACAGUUGGACGCUGAAUCCUUACAAAGCUGCGCCGUAUGCGCUGACGACUAUGAUGUCAACAACGACUACGACUGCCCGGUCUACAUAAAUUGCGGCAACGGGCAUACACUUUACGACGGGCUGGCCGUAGAUGCUAGUCGCCAAUGCACCGCAGGGAACCUGUACGUCGGCGAGGAUCUUGGGCAAAGUGCUGCUGCAGCUAUCGAUCUGGCACAUGAGCUGGGUCUACUCGGCAUGCUCUCUCUUCUUUGA